UGUUCAGACGCCGAAGGUGAGCGGGGUGUUCUUGCCGAAUGGAUGCGACGUCAUGCCCGAUCUGGGUAUGAUAGCCGAUGACAGCUCCUUCCAUCUGUGUUCAAUUGGCAAACAUCAGUGUUGUCGAGAACCUGAAAGAACCCAGAAAACAGUUGCUAUGUUCCACAAGCUUCUUACAUCUCGUGCACCCUGCUCCCCUCUCCGCUCUUGCCCUUCCGUCAUCCGCAGCAUGGCCACCGUUCGUUCAUCUCUAAGCCAUGAAGAACGUACCGCUCAAGAGCCACGAGAGGCACGUCUGGAACCCGUGACUGUAUCUCGAAUCGAUGCUGUUAACGACACAAUUCGUCUGAUCCGAUUGAGCGCAAUGAAGCCUGGUCACGCUCUGAAGGUAGGUCCACUUUCUUGAUCCAUUCUCGAUGCAAGUUGAUGAAUAAUUCGACUGACGACAUAUAUCAAGUAAAGUUCCAACCAGGACAGUGGCUAGAUGUCUUCAUACCCUCUCUCUCCAAAGCGGGUGGCUUUACCAUAACAUCUACACCUACGGACCAAGGCCAGCCCACACCUCAACGACAAGCCUACUUCGAACUUGCAAUCCAGAAAUCUACCAACCCUCCAGCGCAAUGGCUCUGGAAGCCUGAGUCUGAGAUCAUCAAUGAGCAAAUCAUUGUGCGUACUGGAGGUAGCUUUGUAUGGCCACCACCAGGUAUAGACGUCGAUGGUAUCGAGCAAGUUGUCUUGAUAGCAGGCGGUGUAGGCAUCAACCCGUUGAUCUCGAUUUUCGCACACUUGAUGAGUCUACCACAAAGACCAAAGAAGAUCAGGUUCGUGUAUGGAAGCAAGGUCGAGAAGGGUCCGAUCGAAGCUUCACGUAUUCUGUUCCUAACAAGAAUAAUGGACUUGAUCAAGAAGCAAGCGGAUACCAACAUAGAGCUGGACUUGUUCCUCACAUCAGCGUCGCGAUCGGACAUCGACCAUGCUAAAGGGUUGCCUGAACAUGUCAAAUUGGGAAGGAUAGAAAAGGAUGACUUGGAGGCAGCGAUCGGAGAAGACCGAAGUGUCAGACAGAACACUGUUGCCUACAUCUGCGGCCCGCCUGCCAUGACCGACCAGUUUGUCGAGUACUUGAGCACAAGAGAAGGUGUGGACAAGCGAAAAGUGCUCUGUGAGAAGUGGUGGUAAAUUCUCAAUACACAUCGCAACAAUUCCACAACCCACCCACCUUCUCCUAUUCUCCAAAUCUUCUUUAACCUCUACCACUCUUCUUCAAACUUCGGUCACAAAAGAAACCAAGCGAUCAACGAAAAGCCACCGCUUCUUGCAUCGUAAUUUUGUUCCAAAAAUUCCCUAUCUUCCUUCUCGCGAAGGCCGAUAGAAGCAGUCAAAAAUUUAAUUUUCAACUAGCAAUAAUCUGGUCUCGGACUGGGUCCUCACUGAUGCAGAUAAAGCCCUUGCACUGGGAUGGAAGAAAAAGAAAUCAGUUAUUGGAGAUGGGGAGAUGGGUUUAUGUAGGUGGGACGAUUGUGGGCGUGGGGAAAUUCUAGGCAGCAGAGCGGAUUGUGUGACUGGAGUAGGCAGCAGUGCGGUUAAGUAACUUCCGGAUGAUGAUGGAACCUAAUCGAUAUUGAUGGAUCAACUCAUAU